AUCUAUGUGACAGUGCGUGCGCGAUGGUCAAGGCUCAGUCUCACAUUAAAAUGGCCGCAUUUUAGUCUACAGAGUAUACUUUUCUUUACUGUUUGCCAAUAUCCCGUGCUGAGGGCUUGGCGGUGUUCGCUACGCAGUGUAGCCGAUCUGUUUCGCUGGAAAUUUCACCGUAUCGUCCGUUGCGCGCAAAGUUUCCGUGAAAUAGAACAAACUAGACCGGGUUUCCCUGUGUAGAUUUUCAUAAGAUGUUACGCCAUCAACAUCACGCAAUGCAGAAUCAGCUGCGAGAUAAUAGAAUGGCAGGUCCGAUGCGGCCUAUGCAGCAGGCUAACUUGCCCCCUUUACAUCAGCCGCAGCAUCUGUUGCCGCAUCGGAAUCCACAUCAACCGAUACUGUCCAUGCCCCCCCAUCAACAGCAUAUGCAUCACAUGCAGCAUCCUGGCCCGCCGCAUGGAAAUCCUAGACAGCCGAUGUUGAUGGGCAUGAAUACGCACAAUACAAGCAACACUAUGGUUAGCGUUAGCAUGAAGGACCAGACAAACACAGUUUCUGUAACUCUUCAGAAUUCAAAUAUACAGCAGUCCCAAUAUCAUCAGCAACAGCAGCAGCCGAAUAACCAACCAAAUCAACCUCUCCAGCAGCAAGCGCAGCAGCAACAACAACCGCAACCACAACAGCAGCAACAAUCGCAACAGGCUGUCGUGGAACAAACGAAAACAGUGACAAACGACGGCAACGGCGGAGAGUCUAGGGACGACGGUUCAUCUGGGCAGAAUCAUGCCAACGCAACCAAUCCAGCUUUGGCAAACAUGAAAGAAAAAACACCCAUGUGUUUGUUGAACGAGCUGGCAAGAUUCAAUAGGGUUCAACAUCAGUAUAGACUCACUAACGAGCAAGGACCGGCGCACAAGAAGAGAUUCACGGUGACACUGAAGCUCGGCGAAGAGGAAUACAUCGCGGAAGGUCCCAGCAUAAAGAAGGCUCAACACAGCGCAGCGACGGAAGCAUUAACGAAAACCUGGUAUCGUCAGCCACCGCCUAAACCCACCAAGGCCAUGAGGAUUGGUCAUCUAGGCAAAUGUCCAACCGGCUCGGGACAUUUGCCUCCUACCGUUGAACUGAAUGCUCUAGCCAUGAAACGUGGAGAACCUACGGUCUACACGUUUCGGCAAGCUCCACCAGCUGCAUUGCAGCAUCAGUACGCAGUAACGCACGGCUUCGGAAACUACCCGCGAAUGUUUAAUCCACGAAUUCCGUACAAUCGCGGAGUUCACACGGAUCUUCAAGGGUUGUAUCUCGUCACUCUGAAGGUCGGUGAGCGCGAAUUUACAGGCAGAGGUCUGACUGGACAAGCGGCUCGUCACGAUGCGGCCAGUAGAGCCUUGGAACAAUUACGCCAAUUACCACUGCCGGAGGAAGUUGCGAACGCUAACAACUCCAACGAGAAUGGUACAUUGGGCGGAAUCGAUGAUCCAAAUGCAGAAUUGAAGAGUCCAGUAUCGUUGGUCCACGAGACUGCGUUAAAGCGUGGAUUACCGGUCAGUUUCGAGGUUGUGUCAGAAAGCGGUAAACCUCACAUAAGAACCUUCAUGACGAAGUGCACUGUCGGCGACAAAGUUACCGUAGGGGAAGGAUCUUCGAAGAAGGUGUCGAAGAAACGCGCCGCCGAAUUGAUGUUAGAGGAACUGAAGCGUCUUCCCCCGUUACCAGCUAGUAUACAGAACCGAUCGCUGCGAGUCAAGCGUAAGCCACCGGCGACGAAGAAGAAAUCUCGUAAUUUAAUUAAAGUCUAUCAAGAGCCCCGUUCGGAGAACGAAGCCGCGGAGGAGGUUAAUCCGGUCUCGCGUCUGGUUCAGAUUCAGCAGGCGAAGCGAGAACGGGAGCCUGUCUACAAUCUCAUAGAUGAGAAGGGUGCGCCUAGACGUAGAGAAUUCGUCAUGGAGGUGACUAUGGGUCAGCAUUCAGCUCAAGGGAUUGGACCUAACAAAAAAUUGGCCAAACGAGCCGCCGCUGAAGCUCUUUUGGCGCAAUUAGGUUACAGCAAACCGUCACCACAACCCGCCAAGCCAUCUAUCAAGACAGGAGAUAGUGAGAAUACGGAAACAAAGCCCAGAAAGGUGACAUUUCUUGAGGAUGAUCAAGUAAACGAUAUUCAACCUCAUUCGGUAGGAGGUACCAUCGGUCGCCAGUUAGCACCCGGUCUUUUACUAGUGGACGGAGGUCAAGAAUCUAAAUUGGGGAGCGGACCCAGUGUGCAGAUAGUCGCUGAAGAGUUACGCGGGCAACAGCAACAAAACUCUGCCGGUGUCUCGCCCAAGGAUCAAUUACAUUAUCUAUCUCAGUUACUUAACUUCAGUGUAGAAUUCAGCGACUUUCCGAAGGGAGUGUCCAUAAACAAGGAAUAUCUUUCGCUUGUAUCACUCAGCACCGAUCCACCACAGGUUUGUCACGGUAACGGAGCGACAAUAGCUGCGAGCCGCAAUCAAGCGGCAUUAAGGGCUCUUCGUACUCUCACGAAAUUAGGACUUGAUAAUGCCGCGAAUGCGCAAGCAAAGAAAGAUAAAGGUGCGUCUGGUGAUGGAAUACACAUUAGCAUUCAAGUUAAAAACAACAUUAUGGAUGGAGCUAUCGAUAAGUAACCGAAUAGUGUUUAAGACUCGCAUACAACGUUGAGUUAUAUUUAUGCUUCUUUAAGACACUGCGAAAGAGAGCAUUUAUCAUUGAAUUUCUUUUUUUACUGUAGAAUUUAUCGUAGUAAAUGAGCAUUAUCAAUGCCAAAAACAACUUCAUGCAUGUUUUAUUAUCCAUUUGUGGACAUAUUUAUUUUAUACUUGAUUUUUUCUUACUUUUUAUUACGUAAUGAUCUUAUUACGCUUUGCAUUAUUAGAAGUACAUACACUGUGGAAAAAUGAUAAUUCGCAAAAAGAAACUUUAUCAAAUAAGAUUAUUGCAUAAUAUUCUAUGCUCCUAUCUUAUAUGUUUGAAGUUUACAUUGUUGAAUCAUUUACGAGACUGGAGAUAAAAACUCAGAUAAAAAUUUGAUCA